GUUUGUAAAUUUAAGGUUUAGCUCGGCGGCGCAUGCGCAGAUAGACAUAAGCCUAUAUCUCCCCUCAGUAUCAACGGUAGACGGUCUCGUGUAACGCAAUUCUUCUGUGAAGUCACACGAUUUCCUAUACUCGAGUUAUCUCCUGACAUAAAACUGAACUUUAACGAAUAUGGCUCCUCCGACUUACAAAGAUCUUGGCAAAAGUGCUCGUGAUGUAUUUACUAAUGGUUAUCAUUUUGGCCUCUUAAAAUUAGAUGUCAAAACCAAGACUGAUUCUGGCGUUGAGUUCUCCAGUGGUGGAGUAUCUAAUCAAGAUACUGGAAAAGUAUUUGCUACCUUGGAAACCAAAUAUAAGAUCAAGGAAUAUGGUUUGACAUUUAGUGAGAAAUGGAAUACCGAUAAUACUCUUGCAACUGAUAUAUCUAUCGCAGAUAAAUUACUUAAUGGACUUAGCAUUGGUUACAGUUGUACUUUUUCACCUCAGACUGGCACUAAAACAGGACAAUUGAAGACUACUUACAAACAUGAAAAUGUAUCAGCAACUGCUGACUUUGAUUUAAGUCUUUCUACCGGUCCACUCAUUAAUGCUACUGCAGUUGUAGGAUAUCAAGGGUGGCUUGCUGGUUAUCAAGCUUCUUUCGACUCGCAGAGAAGCAAGCUUACAAAGAAUAAUUUUGCUCUUGGAUUUACUGCUUCUGAUUUUGCUUUCCACACUUCUGUAGAUAAUGGGCGUGAAUUUGGUGCCUCCAUUUAUCAUAAAGUAAAACCUGACUUGGAAGGUGCCAUUAAUUUGGCUUGGAAUUCAAGUAAUAAUGUGACACAAUUUGGACUUGGUACCAAGUAUAAUCUUGAUAAUGAUGCAAGUGUUAGGGCCAAAGUUAAUUCUCAACUUCAAAUAGGUUUGGGAUAUCAACAGAAACUUCGCGAUGGUGUAACUUUGACUCUUUCUACCAAUAUUGAUGGAAAGAACUUUAGUUCUGGUGGACACAAAAUUGGUUUAGCAUUAAAUCUUGAGGCUUAAGUAUUAACGUUUAGAAAGAAAAAAAAAAGAUGUCUAAAAAAGUUAGACUUCAUGACUUUUAUGUCAUAAAAACUGCAACACAGUACAUGCUUCAAAUAAAAAUAAAAAUAUUACCUAUAACAUAUAGAUAGGUUUAUCCUUAAGUAGAUGCCACACAAAAAGGUUAUGCAUCAUUUUUAAGCAGUUACAAGGACUAAAUAUAUUUAAAAUCAUAAUCAUGGGAUAAAAUACAUUGAAUUGUUAAAAAAGUAUCUUCUAUAAUGCAAGUAAAAAAAGAUAUGUGUGGUAUGAUUA